AGAUCCGGACACUUGCUGAACUUCAGGUUACUGUCACUUCGGACACAACCAUGAGGUCUGCAGUGCUGGUUUUGGGUCUGUGUGCCCUUUUCCCCCUGUUUUGCGGUGCCUGCUUUAUAAGUCUGCUGGAAAAAGGUGCCACACAUUGUCAGGAUGAGACUGAUAAAACCUGGCAUGCAGUCGGAUCCUCCUGGAGAAACAGCGAAUGUUUUGAAUGUUCAUGCGAGCCCAACUUAAUGAGCUGUUGCGAGAGCCUGUCAACAGUCACAGGUUAUCCUGACGACUGCGUUGUGGAGUAUGAUUACGCCAAAUGCACGUUUGAAGUCGUCAAGAAGAACGACCCCUCGGAACAUUGCGAUUUCGAAGCUGUAUUAAAGUAACUCUGUCAGUGGACAGCAAUAAAAUCAUCGCCUGACAGAAAACAGCAUGCUGUUCUUUAUCCUGGUAUCUUUCUGAUUCAUAUCAAUUGAUAUGAAAUAUUAAUAAAAUUCAUUGGAGAUCUGA